AUCUCUGAUGUAUGGCAUUCUGGCAUUCUGCUGUGUUUUUGAACUGAACACACAUUUGCAUUUGCUCUUCUCCAUGUUUGUGAUGGAUGAAGUUCAGAUAUAGUUUGUCAUUCUAGAGACAUGGAAUCCGUAUCAUAUGACCGGUUUACCACACCUGAGGCAGAAAUUAAUCAUACGGGCCAAAAGUUAUUAUUUGAAUCAGGUAGACAGAACAGAAAGAUGUACAUACUGUAUGGUGUUCUUGUCCUUUAUGUGUUCAUACUGACGCUGGCUGUAGGAAUUAAAAUCUCUCAGGUCAGCCAAGAUGUCACUGAUCUUAGACUUUCUCUGAAGACCCUCGAUGCCCCCAAAACUCUGCAAUUUGAAAAUGCUCACUUCUCUGAGCGUGUAAUGCCGGUGAAAGGUCCCUGUAAGGAAAACUGGGUGUUUUAUAAAGACUCAUGCUACUUUCAGUCUUCAAUAAAGAAGAACUGGCAAACUGCUGAGAAAAGUUGUGUGGAGAAAGGAUCACAUUUAGUGGUUGUCAAUGACCUGGCUGAACUUGACUUCCUGUCUUCAAUCGUGAAGCUGUCUGAGAGCUACUGGAUCGGGCUUGUUGAGAAAGAAGAGGGACAAUGGUCCUGGGUAGAUGGAACAGAUUUUAGUGCUUCUGAACACUUCUGGGAUGUAGGUCAACCAGAUGACUGGGAUGUCCGUGUGAAUGGUGAGGAUUGUGGGCAACUUCACGCUCGGAUAACUCUGGAAAGACGGAGGCUGUGGAAUGAUGCGGACUGUACUCUAUCUUACCCUUUCAUCUGUGAGGCCAAACCCAAGAGCCACUGACACACAUCAACCUCCAACACUGCCAAAAAUCACUUUCUUAAGCAGGGUUUCUGUCUCUUUUUUUCCAGUAAAAAUAUCUAAACUUCCUUAAAACAUGAUAUAAUUAUUAGAGAACAAGAUUGUAGAUAAUAGACUUGUUAGAGAUUUUUUUCCCACUAAAUUUGAGCACGAAGCAGAACAUUUAAGUUGCUUAAAUUUACCAAUGGGAUAAGACCCAAUUAACUUCACUUCAAGAUAAAGUCUCUCUUAAUAUUAGGAAUUUCGUUUCUCAGGUGCAUUAGACUGUAAAAAUAAUUUUUUCAGUGUGUACUACACAAAAUAUUAUUUCAAAAAUAAAUGUGACAGACUAGUAUCAG